CAGUUGUUGAUUAACUCUCAUUGAAAGCGGUUUACUGCCAAAACUAAGCAGGAAGUUGGGCAAGUGUUUGCAACAAAAGCUGUAACUUAGAAGAAAGUGUUACUAAAAAACAAAAGAAAGAAAAGAAAAAAAUUUAAAAAUAUUCAAAAGCAUUACAAAAAGUAAUUAUUUAAGAAAAUAAAAAAGUAAAAGCACUCGAGAGUUGCCAUUUUAUUGCAACGUUUCUUGCAGAUGGAAGAAAUAAUAAUUUUGUUGAAUUUUAUUCAUGUAACAGGCGGUGGUGGUGUUACGGUUAUUGAGAAACGCAUUUUAAAAAUAAUAACAACGCAACACUUUACUUCAUCCAACUUGUAUAACUAACUGCUCUUGUAAUUACUAGUUUUACUUUUGUUUUCUUCACUUUUUAUCUUUUAUUUUGCGGAUAAAACAAGUGACAGCAGACAGCAUUUAAUAACUCAAGUGAGGAAAAAUAGAAAACGAAAUUUUGUGCAAAGCAAUGAAAAAACAAAUCACCCACCUUACGCUAGUGGAGGCAAUGCUAAAGAAAAGUGAAAUUGUUAGCCGAUUAUGUGGACAUGGCGGCUGCCGCCUUUGGCCGCUUGCCAUUUUAUUCAUAUCUCUGAUGUUGCAAUUGUUCGGAAGUUCAAUGGCAUUUACUUUGCCUUUGCCCUUCGGUUAUUCAUCGUUAAGCAUUAAAAAUCUUUUAAAUAGUGUUUUAUUAUCUAGUAACGCCAAUCUAGCUGGUGGCGGUCGCAAUCUUAAAUCGGAUGUACUCGAAGAUGCCUCACUGAUAACGCCCAAAUUAAUACGGAAAUACGGUUACCCUUCAGAAACGCAUACCGUAUUCACUAAGGACGGCUACAUACUCGAAAUGCAUCGCAUACCAAAAAAAGGCGCCCAACCAGUGCUUUUAAUGCACGGCAUAUUGGAUACCUCAGCUACAUGGGUAUUAAUGGGUCCUAAAUCCGGUUUGGGUUAUGUACUUUCCGACUUGGGCUACGAUGUAUGGAUGGGUAAUGCACGCGGCAAUCGUUACUCGAAAAAUCACACCAGCCUUAAUAGCGAUUAUGUCGAAUUCUGGGAUUUCACAUUUCACGAGAUGGGCAAAUACGAUUUACCAGCCAAUAUUGACUAUAUACUGGCCAACACCGGUUACGAUCAAUUACAUUACAUAGGUCACUCACAGGGUACCGCUGUUUUCUGGGUGCUAUGCUCAGAGCAACCGCAGUAUACACAGAAAAUUUUAUCCAUGCAUGCUUUGGCACCCAUCGCUUAUAUAGCUGAUAUGAAAAGUCCGCUGUUUCGUACCUUGGUGUUAUUUUUGGACUUUUUUACGGCCGCCUCACGCAUGUUGCGCAUCACCGAAUUCAUGCCGAACACGAAAUUCCUCGUUGACCACAGUCAGUUGGUGUGUCAUGACAAUGCCAUGACUCAGGAAGUUUGCUCGAAUAUAUUGUUUUUGGUCGCUGGUUACAACUCAGAACAAUUGAAUAAGACUAUGUUACCGGUUAUGUUGAGUCAUACACCUUCCGGUGCGUCUAUCAAGCAACUUGAACACUUUGGUCAACUAAUGAAAUCGGGGCAUUUUCGUAAAUUCGAUCGCGGUUAUUUAAGGAAUCAAUUGGAAUACAAUCGUAUGACACCACCCGAUUAUGAUUUGUCCAAGGUUAAGGUGCCGGUGGCCCUCUAUUAUUCGAUGAACGAUAUGUUAGUGUCAACGACUGGCGUUGAUCGUUUAGCACGUGAACUGCCACAAGUGAUUGACAAAUAUCUCGUGCCAAUGGAGCAAUUCAAUCAUUUAGACUUUUUAUGGGCAAUCGAUGUUAAGACUUUGGUUUACAAUCGCUUAAUACGAAAUUUAAGACGUGUUGAAAAUUUCAAAUUAAAACAUGCUAAUAAAGGUCUACAAAACAUGGCUACCGCUGGCGUUGCUAUCAGUAAUAAUAACCUACAAAAAAUGCAUGCACUCGCGACAGCAAGCAACAAUACGCCUAAUACGCUUCCCUUAACGAAUGCCAAUGCAAAUGCGAACAUCAAUUUGAAUGCGUGAAUUUUAAUUUUGCACACAUAAACAUAAACACAAACACACACACAAACACAAACACAAACACACACACAUACAAUAUUUGUUAAUGUCUUAUUGUUGACAUAUUGUUCGAUGCUAGAUUAUUUGUUUUUUAUAAAAAUGUAUGUAUGUACACUCUUAUAGGCAUAAGUAUGCACAUAUAUUGACUGUGAUGACACAAUUCUUAAAUUUUUCAUAUUGUCCUUUCAGUGUAUUGUUAUUCCUAAUGUUUUUUUUUUUUUGUGAAUGAAAACAAUUUUGUGAGUUAUAUACUGCCGCAAUUAUUUAAUGCAAUCCUGAGAUUUUUGCUUUUUCUCUUAGAUUUAGUUCAUCUGAAUUUUUGCUAAUUUAUAUAUAAAAAAGUUUUGAUGUACAAAUGCUAACUCAUACCUAGAUUUAGUUUAGUAUUAAAGUUUGCUUAUAAAUGCUGUUCAGGAUAAUUUGAAGUUUUAUUAUAUUUAUGUUAAGAUAUUUUACUUCUCUUAGAAUAAACAUUAACGAUUAUUUUGUAAA